GAGCGCGGCCGCCCUCGCUCCGCCCCCUUCGGCAAUCAACAACACUCUCACCUCCCCGGAAGGCUUCAGGGACUUCCAAGAGCUUUGACCGGGUGGCACUCACUCUGCAGACCAAAACCACAACCAUGUCACUGCGAGACUGCCAGGCAUGGAAGGAUGCCCGUCUCCCGCUCUCAACCACAAGCAAUGAAGCCUGCAAGCUGUUUGAUGCCACCUUGACCCAGUAUGUCAAGUGGACCAAUGACAAGAGUCUUGGUGGCAUCGAGGGCUGCCUGUCAAAGCUCAAGGCAGCAGACCCAAGCUUUGCCAUGGGUCAUGCCAUCGCUAACGGCCUUGUGCUCAUUGGCACGGGAAGCUCCGUGAAGCUGGACAAAGACCUGGACCUGGCUGUGAAGACCAUGGUGGAGAUUUCCCAAAGCCAGACUCUGACACCUCGGGAGCAACUGCAUGUGUCCGCAGUGGAGAUGUUUGCCAAGGGGAACUUCCCCAAAGCUUGUGACCUCUGGGAACAGAUCCUCCGGGACCACCCAACAGACAUGUUGGCCCUGAAGUUUUCCCAUGAUGCCUACUUUUACCUGGGCUACCAGGAGCAGAUGCGAGAUUCUGUGGCUCGAGUUUACCCCUUUUGGACACGUGACACCCCCCUUAGCAGCUAUGUGAAAGGCAUCUAUUCUUUUGGGCUGAUGGAAACCAACCUCUAUGACCAGGCACAAAAGCUUGCCAAAGAGGCUUUAGCUAUUGAGCCGACGGAUGCGUGGUCAGUGCACACUGUUGCCCAUAUACAUGAGAUGAGAGCAGAGGUCAAAGAUGGGCUGGAGUUUAUGCAGCACACCGAAGGCCACUGGAAGGACUCUGACAUGCUCGCUUGUCAUAAUUAUUGGCACUGGGCCCUGUACUUGAUUGAAAAGGGAGAAUAUGAGGCUGCGCUAACUAUCUAUGACAGCCAUAUCCUCCCCAGCCUUCAGGCCAGUGGUGCCAUGCUAGAUGUGGUGGACAGCUGCUCCAUGCUCUACCGUCUCCAGAUGGAAGGGGUGUCCCUUGGCCAGCGGUGGCAGGCUGUCCUACCAGUGACUAAGAAGCAUACCCAGGACCACAUCCUUCUGUUCAAUGACGCUCACUUCCUGAUGGCCUCUCUGGGUGCCCGGGACCUCCAGACAACACAGGAGCUGCUGACCACCCUGAAGGAGGCCAGCGAGUCCCCAGGAGAGAACUGCCAGCACAAGUUGGCACAAGAUGUGGGGCUGCCCCUGUGCCAGGCCCUUGUGGAGGCUGAGAACGGGAACCCUGACCGAGUCCUAGAACUUCUGUUGCCAGUCCGCUACCGAAUCGUCCAGAUUGGGGGCAGCAAUGCCCAGAGAGACGUCUUCAACCAGCUGUUGAUUCAUGCGGCCAUCACCUGCACUUCCAGCGUCCAUAAGAAUGUGGCCCGGAGCCUUCUGAUGGAGCGUGAUGCCUUGAAACCCAACUCACCCCUGACUGAGCGGCUCAUCCGCAAGGCAGCCGCUGUGCAUCUUAUGCAAUGAUCCAGGCCCCGUCCUUGGCCUACAGCUCAGUGCUAACCUCCUGGCAUUAGGUUGACUGUCCGGUUGGGUUAGGGUUAGGAAAUAGCUGGGACUGCUCGUCAGAGAAUAAGGUAGAAUUCUCCAAAUCAAUCUUUGGUGGAAAUAGGGGACGCAAGUUAAUUUUGAGUGAUAUUCAGAAUUCCUCUCAGGGCCAACAUGCAUUUUUAAGCUUCCAGAACCAAAGCAAUGCUAUUAUUUGCAGGUGCCUUGAACAUUGUACUUUCUUGUUCUGAGGCUGGCAGGCAGGGCAGAGCUGUGGCCCCUCAUCUGGGAGGUAUCCAAGCGCCUCCCACACACAGUGAAACUUUUCAUUUAGCUUCCCUUCUCUUCUACACAGAGCCCGCUGUCCCAUUUCCCUGGGGAGGAUUUCAGUGAGCUGCCCGGGGUCCCAGCUAGCAGAGGCUUUUCCUUUUGCUAGGGGGUAGGGUGGGAGGAGGGUGUCGGGGUCCAACGCCCCAACAUUAACUUUUCCCUCUCUGGACUGGCAUGGAGGAGACGGGAAUAAAGACAUGACUCACAUGA